GUCGCGGCGCACGUGUUUCGUCCUUUGGCGCGGCUCUGAGUCCGAGUCCUUCUUAUCGCACCGAAAGGAUAUCUCGUAGUGGCCGUUUUCGACUGCGGUGUCGCGGUUUCUCGCGGGGGGCAGCACUCAAAUGCCGUGGAACCACGUUUCGCAUGUUUUUUCAACUAGUGCGUGACGACACUAUGUAUAGGUAAUGGAUUCAUUCGGUGCAAUUUCGCUCAGUGUAGUGUUCUUAAAGCAAAAGUGAAGUUUCCAAUCGGAGGCCGCUUUAUGCGGCCAGUGAAAGAUAUUGUCCCAGUAUAACCUACCAAUCAAGCAAAGCCAAUAAAAUACUGACAGACUUAAAAAACAAAAUUAAUGGAGAUAUUCGCAGCGCGGAGAUAUUCGAACCCAAAAAUGCACUUCAAAAUCGAUUGAGUACGUUCUCCACCAAUCCAUUUGCAGUUAUGUGAAGCCAAAUACCUAAAUUUGAGGGACAAACUUACACUCAAACAAACGGGGUUGAGAGGUCAAUAGAUAUACCCAAGUAAAAUCAAGCAUUACCAGCUGGCUUAAGGACCAUGGCCAAGGAAGUCAAAUGCAUCGGCAGCAUCGCCACGCCAAUCCUCGUAAUAAUGAUAAGCAUUUCCAGAGCAUGGACAAUGCAGCAUCAACAUUUAAGUCCUGCCAUCCAAGAGCAUCCCGGAGUUAAAUCAUUAUCUAAUAUCGUGGACGGCAAUAACAACCUGUUGCCCAUAGUUUCUGCUCCAUCGAGCGUUGAUAAUGAUUACGUUUACAUAGCUUCUGUCAAUAGCAAAUUUCCCCAGUUCGGAAACUCCCUGGAUGAUGACCAGGAGGCCGAGGAGCAGCAGCCGGAUGAGACCACCUAUCCGCCGCCCGUUUUCGACUUCGGGAUGCCCAGGAACAUUACGACCAGGACGGGACACACAGCGGCUAUCAACUGCCGCGUCGACAAUCUGGGAGAUAAAUCGGUAUCCUGGAUAAGAAAACGCGAUUUGCACAUUCUGACUGCAGGCAUUUUGACCUACACAUCUGAUGAGCGUUUCAAGGUGGUGCGGACCGCCGACUCCAAGGAUUGGACAUUGCAUGUGAAAUAUGCCCAGCCACGUGACAGCGGCAUCUACGAAUGCCAAGUGAAUACGGAGCCAAAGAUUUCGAUGGCAUUCCGCCUGAAUGUCAUAGUAACGCCGCCAGAUGCCAAGGCGAUUAUUGCCGGACCGACGGACUUGUACGUCAAAGUGGGCAGCAGCGUAACACUCACGUGCCUCGUGAAGCAGCCGGCGACUUCUGCCCAGGAUAUUGGGCCAAUUUACUGGUACCGCGGCCCCUACAUACUGACACCCUUCGUGGCCCAUCCGAAUGACGCGGCCAUCGAUUUGCAGCGCAUCUCCAUGGAGUCCACGCUGGCGGAGAAACUGCAGAGCAGAUUACGCAUCGCCAAUGCUCAGCUGCUGGACUCUGGGAACUAUACGUGCAUGCCGACCACAGCGGAAGCGGCCAGCGUGGUGGUCAAUGUCAUCAAUGACGAAAGCCCCGCGGCGAUGCAGAAGAGCAGAGGCAUCCGGACGAGUGGCAGCAGGCGGAGCAGUCGACUGGUCCUCCUCCUGGCCAUGGUGGCCAGUUCCGUCGUGCGAUGGCUUAUUGGUGGCCGCCACAUUGGCAUCGGCAUCAGCAACAGCUGCCGGGAUUCCUGCUCGAAUUUAUCCACUCUGCAUAUCAAUUAUAGCGAACUGCACGCCAGCCACUUGGAGCAGCAUCGGCGUUUGGGACAGCCUUUGGUCGAAUCAUGAUAAUUAAGUGGUGGCGGGUUUUAAAAGAACAUCUUGUACAUAAACCGAAUUCAUAGUUAAGCAUAAAUACUUGUGUAAAGCCGAAAAAUGGGAGAUGGGAUUACCGCUGUACUGUACAAUUUAUAGAAUAAUUAGUUUAUGUUAACGCUUCACCCUUCCGAAAUUCACUCUUUGGUUAUCAAACUCUGAAAUGUUUCUGAAACAUUUCAACUUUUUGCAUUUAUUCAGAAGUGGUUUCCCAUCUGGCAUACAGUAAACUAAACUAUAACUAUAUUUAAUGCUAAUUUUUAUGCCUAGCGUAAAUAUUUAUGUAACAAUAAAAAUAAAAAGACGGUGCCCGCGUAAUUAUCAAAUGUAAUACUUAACGAAAUUACGGCCGAUAAUAACAUUUAACAGCGAUAACGGACACAAAACUGCAUUGCAUUGUUAAUUUUGGAAUGCAAAUAUUAUUAUUCGGGUAUUUUCUGUUAUUGCAAUUAGCUAAUUAUAUUUGUCACUGUGAAAACACUUGAAAACUAAUUGAACUCAACUCUCAUUAAAGCGACAGGAGCUGAAAAAAAACAAAUAGUUUUGAAUUGCGUUGUCAGCAUGAACAUAAAAAGGCCACAAUUAAUUCACUUCAAUUUAGUUAUAGAUAUUCAGUGUGCAACAUGAACGAUUUGUAACCAUAUAUAUCGAAUUUCUCAAUGAGAAACAAUAAAAUGUAUUUUGUUGAA